AUGGAAGUGUUUGCACAGCUCCUGAACAAGAACUUUCUAAAUGGUGACAUUGACUACCAUCCAUCAGCGAAUGAUCCGGCUAUCUCUCAUCUAGCAUUUGCGGACGACAUAAUGCUUUUCUUUGAUGGAGAACAGAGCUCUCUUCAGCAAAUAGCAGCAACCCUCCAGAGCUUUGCUUCUUGGUCGGGUUUACAUAUGAAUAGGGCCAAAACUGAACUGUAUCUGGCGGGGUUGAGCCAGACGGAAACCGCAGAUUUGGCAAGUCUUGGCUUCUCUCUGGGAUCACUUCCUGUCCGCUAUCUUGGUCUCCCUCUAAUGCAUCGCAAGCUCCGCAUCUGCGACUACAGGCCACUUAUGGACCAGCUUAAAAGGCGCUUCUCCUCCUGGACCUCCUGUGCUCUUUCCUUCGCAGGGAGACGCCAAUUACUUAACACUGUCAUUGCUGGUACCCUAAACUUCUGGUUUUCAUCCUUUGUUCUUCCAAAGGGCUGUAUUAAGUCUAUUGAAUCCUUAUGUUCUCGGUUCCUCUGGAAUGGAAACAUCACUAGUAAAGCGGCAGAAAAGGUUUCUUGGAAUGUGGUAUGUCUCCCUCGUUCUGAAGGUGGUCUAGGACUUCGAAACCUCAGCAUAUGGAACAAAACUCUUUCGCUUAAGCUGGUCUGGCUUCUUCACAGUGAGUCUGAGUCACUCUGGGCCUCAUCGACUAAACACCACCGACUUAAAAGACUCAGCAUUUGGAGCUUAGAUGAAAAGAAGCAGGGGUCUUGGAUCUGGAAAUCUAUUUUGAAGCUCAGGCCACUUACUGAAAAUUUCAUAAGGUGUGAAGUUGGUAAUGGGGAACAAGCCAGUUUCUGGUUUGAUUUUUGGCUACCGAUAGGCCCUUUGAUCAACUUGCUGGCAAGGUCUCCGCAGGCAGAGCAGCUCCAUAUCAUCUUGUGCUCCGUCCAGCCUCCUUCACUAUCAUCGGUGCGAGACUGCUACAACUGGUACGUUGAUGACCUCUAUUUAGACUCUUUCAACACUGCUAGAACUUGGGAAUCUGUUAGAGAUAGGUCCAGUACUGUUGAUUGGGAAUCAGUGGUUUGGUUUGGUGGCCACGUUCCAAGACAUGCCUUCCACAUGUGGGUUACUCACUUGGAUAGGUUGCCAACAAUAUCUCGCAUUGCAGCUUGGGACCAUAACGUUGAGAAUUCUUGUCUCCUCUGCAACGCGCCGGACGAAAACAGAGACCAUCUUUUCCUCCGCUGCAGGUUUAGUGAGCGUCUUUGGAAAAUGAUCAUUCGAAGGCUUGGCUAUCAACCCUUCUUAUUCCACACUUGGACAUCGCUUAUAGAAUGGCUUCGCAUGAAGGAUUAUACUUGCCCUCAGACUCUGCAUAAGCUGGCUGCUCAUGCAGUCAUCUAUCACUUGUGGCUUGAGAGAAACAACCAUUUGCACAAUGCAGUCUUCUCAUCUACAGACCGCAUCUUCAAGAACAUAGAUCGUCAUAUCAGAAACACGAUCCUGGCAAGAAGGGGGAGGAAGAAGUUUCACUCUCUUAUGUGCACUGGGCUGAGAUUCUCUUAG